AACUAACGCGCCUGCUAAUCCCGCAAGAGCUGCAGAAGAGGAUCAGCUGUGAACACUCCACCACUCACCUGACGCUCGACUGGGAGCUGAGAGGGAAACGUGAAGGGACCGACAGCAGACGCGGCACCAUGGACUUCCUCUUGCAGGCGCUCUUCUCGCCUCUGCCGACGCCGGCCAUCAUCUCCCUGUUCGCCGUGGCCGCCGCCACCCUGUUCUACCUCAACUCGCGGCCCGCCCCCCUCCGCACGCCCGCCGACCUCAAACGCCAAACGCUGGGGGUCAAGAACGGAGCGAGGAAGACUGCUCUGCUCAAGGGCAACAACAACCUGAUCAGAUACUGCUACGACGACGCCACGACCCUGUAUGAGGUUUUCCAGAGAGGGCUGAAAGUUUCAGGCAAUGGACCAUGUUUGGGCCACAGGAAGCCUGGGAGGCCGUACCAGUGGCUGAAGUACAGACAGGUGUCUGACCGGGCGGAGCAUCUGGGGUCAGGGCUCCUCCACAGAGGUCUGAAGCCGAACACGGACACGUUCAUCGGCAUCUUUGCUCAGAACAGACCUGAAUGGAUUAUCGGCGAGCUGGCGUGUUACACGUACUCCAUGGUGGCGGUUCCCCUGUACGACACCCUGGGUCCUGAGGCGCUCGUGUUCAUUAUCGACCGAGCGGAGAUCUCCACGGUGCUUUGUGACAACCAGGGCAGAGCGGAGACGCUGCUGCAGAACCGGGAGGGAGGCCAGAGUCCCGUUCUCAAAACCAUCGUGGUGAUGGACUCCUUCGACCCGGAGUUGGUGAAGCGAGGAGCCCAGUGCGGGGUGGACGUCGUGUCCAUGCAGGACGUGGAGGCUGUGGGGAAAAAUAAUCUUCAAGAGCCAAUUCCACCGAAGCCGGACGACCUCAGUAUCGUUUGCUUCACCAGCGGCACUACAGGGAACCCCAAGGGAGCGAUGUUGACCCACGAGAACGUGGUGUCGAACGCCGCCGGUGUCAUCAUGAGCUUUGAUACCUCUGUUAGUCCGACCACCCAGGAUGUCAGCAUUUCCUUCCUGCCCCUGGCUCACAUGUUUGAGAGAGUUGUACAGACGGUGAUGUACGGCUCCGGGGCGAGGGUGGGCUUCUUCCAGGGCGACAUCAGACUGCUGCCAGACGACAUGAAAGCCCUGCGGCCCACCAUCUUCCCAGUAGUCCCUCGACUUCUCAACCGCGUCUAUGACAAAGUCCAGAGCGGAGCCGCGGCGUCGCCGUUCAAGAAAUGGCUCCUGAACUUCGCGGUGGAGAGGAAGUACGCAGAGGUCAAGGAGGGCAUCGUCCGGAACAACAGCAUCUGGGACAAGCUCAUCUUCCACAAAGUCCAGGAGUCUCUGGGUGGACGUGUGCGGGUCAUGGUGACUGGAGCCGCUCCCAUAUCUCCCUCCGUCCUCAACUUCCUCAGGGCCGCUCUGGGCUGUCAGAUCUUUGAGGCGUACGGUCAGACGGAGUGCACGGCCGGCUGCACCUUCACCAUGCCGGGUGAUGCCACCUCAGGGCAUGUUGGGGCCCCGCUGCCCUGUAACAUUGUGAAGUUGGUGGAUGUCGAAGAGAUGAACUACUUCGCUUCCAACGGUGAAGGGGAGGUUUGUAUCAAGGGCGUAAAUGUGUUCAAGGGCUACUUGAAAGACCCCGAGAAGACGACAGAGGCCCUGGAUGAAGACCGUUGGCUCCACACCGGAGACAUUGGAAAAUGGCUUCCGAGUGGAGUUCUGAAGAUCAUCGACCGGAAGAAGAACAUCUUCAAGCUGGCUCAGGGCGAGUAUAUAGCGCCGGAGAAGAUCGAGAAUGUGUAUGUACGCAGUGGACCCGUGGCCCAAGUAUUCGUGCAUGGAGACAGUCUGCAGUCUUGUCUGGUGGCCAUUGUGGUCCCCGAUCCCGACGUCCUGCCGGGUUUUGCUAAAAGCCUCGGGUGCCAAGGCUCCGCUGAAGACCUCUGCAAACGCACGGAAAUCAAGAAAGCCAUUCUUUCAGACAUGACCAAGCUGGGCAGAGAGGCCGGCCUCAAGUCCUUUGAGCAGGUGAAAGAUGUUCACCUCCAUCCGGAGCAGUUCACCAUCGAGAACGGCCUGUUAACUCCCACCCUCAAGGCCAAGCGGGCCGAGCUCAAGGCUCUCUUCCAGCCACAGAUCGACACACUGUACGCCAACAUCCAAUAAACGCAAUGAACCAAAA